AGGCAGUGUGACGUCACGAGAGCAUCAACAAAGUUGGAUCUGAUAGAGAACUGCAUCACCUUCGAGGCUGUCAGAAAUUUUUCUUGUUUAUUUUCUGCGAGAAAAAAUAUUCCGGAUGGUUGGGCAUUGUUUAAUUUCCAGGUCUGUGAGUGCCCAAAUGAAAUCAAUGUGUUUAUCAUCUGAUUUUGUUAAGAAGAAUGUUCAAUAAUAUCGGCGGGGGACCGCCAUCUUGGACUUCCAGCUCUAGCGGGUUGCCAGAUCGUAACAAAAAUAACGAGGCUGCCGCUGUCAACAAUAGCAUGGACAAUGUAAACCUACAGAGUCUGGAUCCGAGAAAGCAAGAAUUGCUGGAAGCCAGGUUCUAUGGGAGUAGGUUUCAGCCUCUCAACAUUGCACCACAGCAGGACAACAGUAACCUUAGUGCAGGCUCCGCAGAGAGAGAUGAUGAGCUAUCCGGAGUGGUCCACACACCAGAGAAGCAUGCUCGAACUCCAUCUGAGAGGAAGAGGAAGCGAAAAGCCACCAGUGAAGGCACUGAAAGCAAUACUCCAAAGUCCAAUAGACCAGAAGCAAACGGAAAGAAAAUCAAUGAGUAUUUCAAGCAGAACCAGUCUCCUAGUCGUAGUGCCAACAGUCAGUCGGCCGGGACCAAGUCACCCUCACCCCAGGGGAUGAGUUACAGCUACACCGCCCCCUCCCCUAGUAAUCAUAGCAAUUCCGACAGUGUUGGCUACCCUCCAGUACCUCUUUAUCAUUGUAAUAAGACCAUACAGACGGACUUAAAUCUACAACAGAUAAUUGUCCUAGAGAGCAAGUCAUCAUCCCAUAUAGAACAGAAGGAUAGCAAAAUAGACGACCUACUACGGCAAAAUGACGAGCUACGGCGACAAUUAACGGCACAACAGAAGCUUAUAGAAAAGCACAAAGAAAACUUACAGAAAUGUCUCAAUGUCAACAAGUCAUUAUUAAUAGAAAAGAGUAAAUUGGAAAAGAAGACAACGAGACAGAAAUGUAUGGGGGACCGACUGAGACUGGGCCAGUUUGUCACGCAGAGACAGGGUGCUACAUUUGUGGAGAACUGGGUCGACGGAUGGGCCUUCACAGACCUAAUGAAACAACAAGAACGAAUAUCGUCUGACAGAGAAGAAAUAGAAAAACAAAGAAAACUCCUAACAAAGAAAAAGCCAACUCAAACUGUGAUGAAGAACUCCAAACAUGACGCUUUCCUGAAGCCAGGUGGUGAUAAGCCAAUGACACUGGCUGAAUUCUAUGAACAGGAUGAGAUUUUAAAAUUGCGUCAGGCAAGCCUGAAAAAGGAGGAUGCAGAUCUACAGUUAGAAUUAGAAAAAUUAGAAAGAGAGAGGAAUCUACAUAUACGAGAACUGAAAAGGAUACACAAUGAGGACAACUCUAGGUUCAAAGAGCACCCAACACUACAUGACAGAUACCUUCUGCUGUGUUUACUGGGGAAAGGGGGCUUCAGUGAAGUCCACAAGGGUUUUGACCUAAAAGAACAGAGAUAUGUGGCGUGCAAGAUCCAUCAGUUAAAUAGAGAGUGGAAGGAUGACAAAAAAGCCAAUUAUAUUAAACAUGCUUUAAGAGAAUACAACAUCCACAAAAGUCUUAAUCACCCUCGAAUAGUGCGACUGUAUGAUGUGUUUGAAAUAGACAAUAAUUCAUUUUGUACAGUGUUAGAGUACUGUGAAGGGAAUGAUCUGGACUUCUAUCUGAAGCAAAACAAAUCCAUUCCGGAGAAGGAGGCCCGUUCCAUUAUCUCCCAAACCGUCAGUGCUCUACGCUACCUGAAUGAGAUAAAGCCACCUGUGAUUCAUUAUGACCUAAAACCAGGCAACAUACUGCUUGGUAGUGGGUCAGUUAGCGGUGAGAUCAAGAUCACAGAUUUUGGUCUCAGCAAAGUGAUGGACGAUGACAAUCUGACACCAGACGGCAUGGACCUCACAUCCCAAGGGGCCGGCACGUACUGGUACUUGCCCCCAGAAUGUUUCGUCGUUGGUUCCAACCCGCCCAAAAUUUCUUCCAAAGUGGACGUCUGGUCAGUAGGAGUGAUAUUUUAUCAGUGUCUGUAUGGCAAAAAGCCAUUUGGACACAAUUUAUCUCAAGCUGCCAUACUUGAAGAAAACACGAUUCUCAAGGCUACAGAAGUGGAAUUCCCAGCCAAACCUCAGAUCAGUAAUGAGGCAAAGAGUUUCAUCAGACAGUGUCUGCAGUAUAAGAAGGAGCAUCGGCCAGAUGUUCUGCUGUUGGCUCACCAAGACUAUCUUCGGCCUGCCCCACUGAAAUCCAAAGGACAUUCAGGUGAUAGCGGUUUGGGAUCGGGAUCCAACAGUAUUGUACAGGCAUCGCUGUCGCUCAACCAACCUUCCGGCUUCACGUUUGGGGACAGAACAUGACAACAGUGUGUUGAACAUUUACCAAGGGGAGAUAACUAUCCUCCCAAUACUAUUCCAUGUGCUGGCCAGGCUGGGAUGACUGUGUACGGGGCUUGCCCCAUGUAGUCAUGUUGCCGUCACAAACUUAUCUGGAGGUCGGACACACAGGCCGGUGCCAUGCCAGAUCCCUGGGGAGCCUCCAGCAGACCACACUGUAGCACUAACACAAGUGUCACCAGAUUUGGUGAUCGUUCAAACGUUUUGACAGAGCUUGUGUGAAGGACUGCAUAUAGAAUUGGCAGAGUCACUCCCACUGUCAUGUGUUGCCAACUUUUUUAUUCAAUAAGAUGGCAUGAUAUUUAUGUUAUAAAAAUAACUACAUUGGUGUCAUCCGUUGGCUGUGAAAUUACCUGUGGGAACACCACAGUCAUGCAUUCAGCAUUUAUCAUAGCAGAAUAUGAUCAGAAUUGCUCUCAAGGCUGGCUGUGUAUAUAGGAAAUAGCUGGAAGGAAAAAAACCAAUACAAAUGGGCAGACAUAAAUCAAAGUAGACCCCUUAGCUGAGAGGAGUCAACUUAAUAAAUAAAGAUGAGAAAAUAGGAAUUGAUUUAGUUUAUAAAUAAUUUUAAAUUAAAGAUGAUAAAACAGGAGUUUGUCGAGGGAAAAGGCUGUGUUGACAAGUCUGAUCUGUCAAAACUGAAGAUGAAGUAUGAAGCUAAAGCAAUACAGGUCGUUUCGGUCCAGACAUAGGAAAUGUGGUUAUUAUCUGAAAGGACAGUGACAUCAGCCGAAAAAAAAAUUAAUACAAGUUCAUUCAGAAAUGCAUUGAAUAAAACUGUUAAAUUAGCAAACUGUUAAGCUCAAAUGAUUUGAUUGUUAGGGCUAUUCCAGUAAAAUAUCUAUCCCUCCCCAAGACUCCAGGUUUUGUUAAGGGGUACCACCAACAGAAGUUAUUGAACAGAUUACUUGAACUUAUAGGAAAGAAGUCCAACCAUGGAUAGAAGUGAUUAUUUUGGAGUCCUGGGGUCAGUUAGAUACUUUACUGGAAUGGCCCUUAUUGAAGAAGUUCAACUCUCAGCAACUUUCAGUAUAUAUCUGGCGUUUUCUAUACACAGUGAAGUCUUGAGAGAAUUUCUUAACAUGUUCUUUAUUUAAAAUUUGUGUAUUACACACACUGUGGAAAGAGAGCUAAGAGUUGAGAACUCUACUGUAUGCAUGAGUGUAAAUGUAUUAGGGGCUCAAUAGUGAAGGAGAAACUGCUAUACAUAUAAUAUUAUAUAUACAUACAUGCACAGGUGAAGUAGAAUGUUGUUAUUGGCGGUCUGGAUUAUGACAAGUCUUGUCGUACACAUGCAAACAGUAGAUAGUUGUAUACUGGGAGGUUUGUAGGGAGGUGAAUUCUAAACCUUAUACACAUUUUGCUGUUCACAUCAUUUGAGCAGCAAUAAUAUGGUUUUCUGAGGAGGAAAUUUUACCUUAACAAAUACUUAAAGUAUAUUGAACUUGAGAUUGCUAGGGCUUUUGUGAAAAUAGCUUUGGAAAAUUUUCAAAUUGUCCACUUAAGUUACAAUAAAUAUUUUUUGAGAUACUCUAACAUGGCCAUAGCACUUUAUGAACUGAAUUGAGCUGAUAAUUUUAAAAUUGGCAUUGAAUGGUCAUUGUCUUAAUUUUCAGAAUGCAAGAGUAGUAUAAAAAUAAUGAGCAAGCUAUAACAUUUAACAAUUAAAAAAAAUGAAGCUUUGAUUAUAUUGUUAACGGGACAAAUCAUGUAUUUUGACAGGUGCUUAACAGAAUGAAAACCUGUAAGAUAUGUUCUGGAUAAAGAUUCACAUAUUUUGUAUCUAAUAUCACUACUUAUACUGUGAUAAAUUCGGAUUGCUUGUGGUUUUAAAGUCCAAUCCAAAGGGGUUCAGCAUUCUUCUACACAAACCAUCCCAACUAACUACUGGGUCAUGAGACAAGGCUGCUGAGUGUGUAUACAUCGUUUGCAGUAUGAUGCAUUACUGUUUGGGUUGGAGUGCAUGUGUGAUGAUUUUUAGCAAGUGCCAGUUCUCUUAGCUAAAAUCCUGUACAGUGUUAUUGUGUGCGUGUGCGCUUUUUGUAUGCAACUUACCUGUCCAAGGGGAAUCCAAAUCUAUCUUGUAUAAAUUAAUCAUGUAUAUAGUGUUUACCUCAUCUGAUCUUUUGAAUGAAUGGUUCUCUAAUUCAAAUCAUUAUUUUCGCUGAAAAAUAAAUCAAAUCUUGAACUUAAAAAAAAAUCAUGGUCAAUUUUUAGGAAAAGAUUUGUUUUUGAUGUAACUUGUUGUCAAUGCAAUAUAUAUAUAUCACAUUGCAAGGAAUUAUAAUAGACAGUGAUGUUGUUGAUCCAAUGAUAAGGUUAAGCAGGAACUUUAGCCAGUUAGAAUCUUCCAAUCCAUUGUGUUAGUUGCAAGAUUUGUUCAGUAUAACAAUAACUGAUUGGCUAAAAAAGGAAGAAAUAUGCAGUGAAAUGUGUUAUAGAUAUUCAAGGAAAAAUCUACUGUAAUUAGAAAUCCUGUUAUUUUCAAAAUAUUUGUUCUGACAAGAUUGACUAGAUUUAUAAAUGUAUGAAUGCUAUUGGAAUUUACGUACAUUUUGGCAGUAUAGAUACAAUUUCACCCAAAUUACAGGACCAAUGUUGCUGAGCUACAGUCCUUUGUGUAGUUAGGAAGUGAACUUUCCACUGUCAUUCCACUGAAUGCAAAACAAUUCCAGUUUUAUUCCAUUUAGGAGUAUGAUAAUUUUCCUAGUUACUUAAAAUAAUUAUAAAGUAUUUGACUAUACAAUGCAAAACUUACUCGGCUUCAACAUGGAAAGAGUUUGUAAUAUUGAUUUAGGAAGAAUGAGUCAAGAAAAAAGUUCAACUGAAAUGAAAAAAA